UAAAGUCAUUGUCAGUCAUUGUCAGCAGUGUUUUCAGAGCUUUUUUGUAGUCAUAAUUUAAGAUCGUCAAAUAGUCAAUAAAAUGUAUAACGGAGUGGAUCAAUUCACCGCUAAGCCUUUCUGGCAUAAUGGACCGGCUCCAGGUGCUAUCUACAACUUUCCGGGAACAAAAACUCACGGAACGAACGGUUCGCAACGUUCCCAGACUCCGAUCACCACAGCUACAUCUAUUGUAGCUAUGAAGUUCAACGGUGGCGUGAUUAUUGCCGGAGACAUUCUUGGUUCUUACGGAUCCUUGGCUAGGUUCAGGAAUUGUCCCAGAGUCUUGAAAGUUAACGAUAAUAUCAUUCUUGGGGCUGGUGGCGAUUAUGGAGACUACCAAUAUGUCAAAGACGUAAUUGAACAGAAAAUUGUUGAUGAGGAAUGCUUGGAUGAUGGCUUCAAAAUCAAACCAAAGUCUAUGUAUUGUUGGUUGACUAGGGUCAUGUACAAUCGUCGCAGUAAAUUUGAUCCAUUUUGGAACACCUUUGUUGUUGGUGGUUUACAGGAUGGUGUUCCAUUUUUGGGUAGCGUUGAUAAAUUGGGUACUGCUUUUGAGGAUAACGCAAUUUGCACUGGUUAUGGUGCUUACAUGGCAUUGCCAAUCUUGAGGUCUGCUCUGGAAGCAAAUCCAUCUCCAACUGAGGAGGAAGCAAGGGCUUUGAUCCACAAAUGCAUGGAAGUGCUCUUCUACAGAGAUGCAAGGAGUUUCCCCAAAUACCAAGUGGCUGUUAUAAACAAGGAUGGAACUGAUAUUCAAGGACCUCUUGAAAUUCAACAGAACUGGAAUUUGGCACAUAUGAUUAAUUAAUUUAUUAAUAAUAUAUAAACUUUAAAUUUA